UUGAGAUUCUACUCUCUCCUACAAAAAAUGGCGGAUAACCUACGAAAAGCGGUCCAAGAUCUUGAUUUGGGUGUGGAAGAUGAGCCAUUCGCCUUGCCCGCCGAUGUUCUGCAUCAUGCUGCAUAUGAUAACCGUUUUGUUCUGUGGGGUCGUGCAACCAAUCCACGACGCCAAAACAUACGCUCCAUCAUCGCCAACAUGCCCAGAAUUUGGAGCCUCGAAGGUCUGAUCUUUGGGAGAAUCAUUGAAGGAAAUCGGUUCCAGUUCAUUUUCCCCUCUGAAGAAACAAUGGAGAAUGUUCUGAGAAGAGGCCCGUGGGCAUUUGCAGACAGAAUUAUUGUACUCCAGCGCUGGGCACCUUUUGUGGAUAUUGCGAGUUUGGAUUUCAUUCCAUUUUGGAUCCAAAUUCGUGGAAUCCCAUUCCAGUUUGCCACACAAGAUGUAAUUGCUCACAUCGGACGUUCCUUUGGAAUGUUGAUGGAAGUUGAUUACAACCAAGAAGUUGUAGCACACAGAGAGUAUGCGCGUGUGAGGGUCAACUGGGACAUCACACGUCCUCUGCGUUUCCAGAGACAUUUUCAGUUCUCACAAGGAGUCAACACUUUGCUUCGAUUCCGGUACGAGAGAUUAAGAGGGUUCUGCGAAGUAUGUGGGAUGCUGACUCAUGAUUCUGGUAACUGCUUGAUUCAUAAUGGUGGAGGGGUGAUUGUUUCGGAUGAUGAUGAUGAUGAUAAUGACCACGGUCCUGGAGAUGCACCAAGAAGACACCAAGGUGUACAAAUCAGAGAACUUGACGAAAACGAUCUGCAGGAAAAUCAACAAAACCAUGAUGCACAAGAAGACCAGAAUGGGUAUGUACCUCUAGUGGAAGAGGUGGAUCAAAACCUACAAGGAGAAGAAGAAGAACCUGAAGAUGAUGUCGACUUCAUGAUGGAUGGAGAUGACCAACCUGACAACCUCCUGGAAGAAACCAGGAAUUCUGGCGCUACACCAAAUGUUAACUCAGGUAUCGUUCUCCUUCAUGAUGACCUUGCUACUGCAGAACAUGGAUCAAUACUGCAUUUCCCUGCAUUAGAGGAGGAACACAUGGCGACUCAUCCUAGCAAGAGGAAAUUGCACAACAUGGAGGAGCAGGACUUCAAAAAGGCGAACGUGAGAGAAGCUGGUGAAUGCAGUGGUGGAGAAUCAUCCGCCGCUAACAUGACCAUGGGAGGCGCGGUGGGCCCUGAACCACCACUUCCCCCAUGA